AUGAAAACGAAACAAAUCCUGAUAAUAUAGAAACAAAAUUAAAAAUUCACGUAGCUACUUUAUAAAUAAGUUAAUGAAAAUAUAGAUGAAGAUAAUUAAAUCAUUCCAUAUAAUAAAUUAGGAAAAUUCAAAAUAGAAGGAUGGUUAAACUGUUAAAAUUUGAGUUAAACAAUUUAGUUAAAUUGUUGUGAAUUAAACAUCAAAGAAAAUUAGUAGGAUCAAAUCUAUCUAUACAGUUAAAAUAUAGAAGUACAUAAAUUAACAAUUACUUUUAGAUAGGUAGGUUUCAAUAUAAAGGAGAAAAGAUAUUAUACUAUCUUCUUUGUUAAAAAUAUCUUCGAAUUCAUGUAGAAGUGAAUUAAACUAUUCAAAAAUGUAUAUCAAAUAAAGAAUUCAUUGUAGUUCAGAUUCAGAUUGAAAUUAACUUAUAUGUUAAUCCUUUCCUUUUCAACCAAGAUAAUACUUUCUCUCAAUAAAAUUAAAUUAAAUUUAUUCUUGCUUUAUUGAAACUUUAAGACCUCCUUAAAAGAUCCUUCUUAUUCUACUUAUAUCCAAUUGAAAAAAAAAUACAAUUGUCUGGUCCAUGUUACUCUUCAAAUAUAAUUUUGAAAUGGAUGAUUGAAAGAGAAAAAGACAUUAGUUCAAUAUCUAAUUAGAAAUUUAGAGGUGGAGUCUUUGUUGAAAUUAAAUAGGGUUAUAUUUUUGAUAGAUUUUAUGAUUUAAUCAGUCAUAAGGCAAGAUUAUAAAUACGAAAAAGCUAAACAUUAAUCAUCACAUUUGAUUAAUCUAUUGUAGAAGAAAAAAAAUAAGAAAUACAAAAAAAAUAUCCACAUCUUAGUGUUUUGUGUAUAAAUUAAGAAGUAAAUUUAAAUUGUCUUCUAAUUUUUGAUAUUAUAAUAAUUUCAAUUCAUGAGGUCGAGAAAUAGUAUGAAAACUUUAAGUAAUAGUAUUUGAAUACAAUAUACUCAUUUGGAUGGAAAAGGAUUAUUGUUGAUCUAAGUAUAUUGGAAUCUCAAUUAAUUUAUAAUUUAUAUUUUAUCAAUCUUUUAAAAACUAAAUACAAAUGGAUAUUUUUAAAAAAUUUUGAUGAAUAAAUAAAAAGAGGAACACUCAACUUUAUUUUGGAAUUCUUUACAUUAGAGAAGAAAGCCUUUGUAAAAUAUUUUUCUAUAGAAAAUCAACCUUAAUAAUAGAAAAGAUGUUUAACAAGUAUAGCUUCUCAAUUAUAGAUUUCAUUUUCUUAAAUAUCCAUAAAGAAUUAAAUUAUUUUGAUAGAUUUUAACUAUGAUGAAUAAUAUUAAUAUAAUGAAUUAAGGUAUAAGAAUUUAGAAAACCAUAAUUUAGACGAUUAUGGUCUAAAAUUUAAUUUAUUAAGAUAAUUCUGUUCUGUAGUUCGAUAGAAUUAUGAUAUAAAAUAGUGUAGUAUUUGUUUCCUUCCAUUAGAAAAUAAUUAUAAGAGUUUAGUGUGCUCACAUUUCUUUUGUUUUUAAUGUUUGUAGUAUGCAUGUCUUUUAUGUGAUAAGAAAAUAACUCAGGCUUAAAUUCAAAAAAUCAGAUUACAAAAUUCUAUCUGUGACUCUCCAACUGUGAAAAAUAAAUAGAUUAAAUUAAUUCAAUUAAUAUAAAAUUUAUAGGAAAAAAUUUUAAUUCUAACUUAAUAUCCAAAUAAACUAGAAUAACUUUUUUUUGACUCUAAUUUGAGUUUAUAUAACGUUAAAGUAAAAUUUAUAAUCUAAACCAUUUUUAGAAUUUAUCAUACAGCCAAAGAAUUGAUGAUAUAACUUAAUAAGUUGAUUCAUUUGAUGAGAGUGAUAAAAAAACAAUUUUAAUAUUGAAUCCCUAAUAAAUUUUGGAAUAAUCAAUAAUUAUUAAAUCAGCUCACUUUAUAAUAUUUUAUGAUCAAAUUUGGUAUUUAUAAAUUAAUAUUUCUUAAUAGGAAUAUCCAUUAAGAGGAUAUCAUAAUGAAGAGAGUCUACAAUAUUAAAGCCAUAUUUAGAUUUAUUGUUAAGGGAGGUAUUGAGGAAAACAUAAUCUAUCUCUAGCAUUUAUAAAGUAAAAAGAGAGGUAGAGAAGGUAUUUUGGAAAAUUAUAGUUUAAUAAAAAAAAUGCUGAAAUAUUAAUAACAAUGA